AGUUGGGAGGAACCAGCCGGGGCGGUGCGAGGGAUCAGGGGUAUCUUUUUCCUCUGUCCGCACCGACCGACCGACGCACGCCUAUCUGAGAGGCAAAGUAAUGGAUGGAGUACCUACUUACUACAGAGUACUAGGUAGGUCCCCAUGCACGAUGCACACGCAUGCUCCGGAUGGUAUGAUAAUGAUUGGGGUAUUUUCUAUUGCCGGCUUUUUGACAACCUCCAACCCAAGGUACUUCGUUUCCCCUCUCAAAGGUACCAACCAUAUGUUCUGGUCCUUUGGGAUAAAGGGCUGCAACUUGCAUCUCCAUCAGUCCAAAGGAAAAAGAAAAUAAUCACCAAUCCCACAUUCUGAUGCCAGGAACUGGAUGGAUACAGUCCAGCCCAGCCUUUCCCAUGGUCUCCGUCCUUCCUUUCCUCUUUUCCU